AGUAGAGGUGUAAAAGCAUGCUGAUCCUACGGGGUGGGUUACCACCAACUGGAUUAUAUUGAAUUGAGCUACUACCCGCCACUCAGAGGAGGUAGGCUGUUAGAGGAGACGAAGAUGCCACUGCCACCCAUGAACAGCGCAUCUUCCACACUCUGCAGACCACCUCCGAUUCCCUUCCUAAUUCACUCUCCACUUUAUCCACAGUUGCAAUCUAGUUUCUUUUCUUCCUCCAGAUCAUUAUCCAGUUUUAACCCCCGCCUCCAAUGGCAGAAACGAACGCCGGUGCUUCCCCUCCGAACCGGAAUCAAGACUACCACGUCCUGUCUGAAACUAGAACAGAAAAACUCCCCUGAAAUUGAAAAUGAAUGGACUAAGGUAUCCGCUGUCCUCUUCGACAUGGACGGAGUUCUCUGCAAUAGUGAAGAGUCUUCUCGAAUGGCCGCAGUCGAUUUGUUUGCUGAAAUGGGCGUCGCUGUAACGCCCGAGGAUUUCGUACCCUUCAUGGGAACGGGCGAAGCAAACUUUCUGGGAGGUGUUGCUUCUGUGACGGGAGUUAAGGGAUUCAUUCCUGAAGCAGCAAAGAAAAGGUUUUUUGAAAUUUAUCUUGAAAAGUACGCAAAACCAAAUUCUGGAAUUGGAUUUCCAGGCGCUUUUGAACUCAUUUUGCAGUGCAAAAGUAAUGGCCUUAAAGUUGCUGUUGCAUCUAGUGCUGAUCGAAUCAAGGUUGAUGCAAAUUUGGCUGCUGCUGGUUUACCCUUGUCAAUUUUCGAUGCUAUUGUAUCAGCAGAUGCAUUUGAGAAUUUGAAACCUGCUCCUGAUAUUUUCUUAGCUGCAUCGAAAAGCCUGAGUGUACCCCCUAGUGAGUGUAUUGUAAUUGAAGAUGCACUAGCAGGAGUUCAAGCUGCCAAAGCUGCACAAAUGAGAUGUAUUGCUGUGACAACUACAUUAGCAGAAGAAACUCUAACACAAGCUGGUCCAUCACUUAUCAGAAAGGACAUAGGAAAUAUCUCAAUUUAUGACAUUCUCAAUGGUGGUGUUGGUGGUUCUGGUUGUCAUAAUGAGAAGAUACAUGGAUCUGACAGUAUUGAUUCUUUGCUACAAACUUCUCCAGCUAUGGUAAAAGAGAAAACAGAUAGUGGGUUAGCUGAGGACUCACAUUCUACUAAUGAAAGAAAUGAGAUGGUUCUUUCAUUUGGAGGGUUGCAGGGUUCUCGCCGAGAGAUUUUGAGAUAUGGAAGUUUGGGCAUUGCUUUCUCUUGUCUCCUUUUCACCGUCACAAAUUGGAAGGCAAUGCAAUAUGCAUCUCCAAAGGCUAUUAUGAAUUUAUUAUUUGGAGUCAGUCGUCCUCCUUUUGAACAGAAUGAAGGAGAAUCACGAUCCGGAAGAAUUCAACAGUUUAUGAACUAUAUAUCAGAUGUGGAAGCAAGGGGGACGGCUCCUGACGUGCCAGAAUUUCCAUCUAAACUUGAUUGGCUAAACACGGCUCCGCUCCAAUUCCGUCGGGAUUUGAAAGGAAGGGUUGUUCUACUAGACUUUUGGACCUAUUGCUGUAUUAAUUGUAUGCAUGUACUGCCGGAUCUAGAUUUUUUGGAGAAAAAGUAUAAGGAUAAGCCGUUCACUGUUGUUGGUGUUCAUUCUGCAAAGUUCGAUAAUGAGAAAGACCUAGAAGCCAUUCGUAAUGCAGUUCUACGCUAUGACAUCACUCAUCCAGUUGUCAAUGAUGGGGAUAUGAAUCUUUGGCGAGAACUGGGUGUAAAUUCAUGGCCUACAUUUGUUAUUGUUAGCCCCAACAGUAAGAUACUGGCCCAAAUAUCUGGUGAAGGCCAUCGAAAGGAUCUUGAUGAUUUAGUGGAGGCAGCUCUUCUGUUUUAUGGUGAAAAGAAGAUCUUAGACAACACCCCUAUUCCUCUGUCUUUGGAGAAGGAUAAUGAUCCCCGUCUUUUGACUUCACCUUUGAAGUUUCCAGGGAAGCUAGCAGUUGAUGUCGUCAACAACAGGCUGUUUAUUUCGGAUAGUAACCAUAAUCGCAUUGUUGUAACAGACCUGGAUGGGAAUUUUAUUGUUCAAAUUGGGAGUACUGGAGAUGAGGCUUUAAGAGAUGGUACCUUUGAAGAUGCCACCUUCAAUCAUCCUCAGGGACUGGCAUACAACCCAAAAAAAAAUCUGCUGUAUGUUGCAGACACUGAAAAUCAUGCCUUGAGGGAGAUUGAUUUUGUCAAUGAGAUAGUGCGUACGCUUGCUGGAAACGGAACCAAAGGUUCUGAUUACAGAGGAGGAGGGAAAGGAACCACUCAGCUUCUGAACUCUCCAUGGGAUGUCUGCUUUGAACCCAACAGUGAGAUAGUUUACAUUGCAAUGGCUGGCCAGCACCAAAUUUGGGAACACUAUACUUUAGAUGGGACUACAAGAGCUUUCAGUGGUGAUGGUUUUGAGAGAAACUUGAAUGGACCCAGCUCUACUAGAACAUCCUUUGCUCAGCCAUCGGGAAUUUCACUAUUUCCUGAUUUCAAUGAGGCGUAUAUAGCUGACAGUGAGAGUAGUUCCAUCAGAGUACUUGAUCUGAAAACAGGAGGGACAAGAUUGCUCGCUGGGGGAGAUCUAGUUUUCUCUGACAAUUUGUUUAGGUUUGGUGAUCAUGAUGGAAUAGGCUCUGACGUACUUUUUCAGCACCCUUUGGGUGUCUUAUGUGGAAAGGAUGGUCAAAUUUAUAUUGCGGAUUCAUACAAUCACAAGGUAAAGAAACUCGAUCCAGUUAAUAGAAGAGUUGUUACUUUAGCUGGGACUGGACGUGCUGGUUUCAAGGAUGGAUCAGCCCUAUCCGCUCAGCUUUCAGAGCCAUCAGGAAUUGUUGAAGCAGGAAAUGGGAGGCUUUUCAUAGCUGAUACGAACAACAGCAUAAUCAGAUACUUGGACUCAAAGAAAGAAGAUGCAAAACUCUUUACUUUGGAGCUGAAAGGAGUUCAGCCUCCAUCCCCAAAAUCCAGAUCUUUGAAACGCCUCAGAAGGCGGUCAUUAGCUGACACCCAGACUAUUAUGGUUGAUGGUGGUUUGUCCACUGAGGGCAACCUUUACAUUCAAAUGUCAUUACCUGAAGGAUACCAUUUCUCUAAGGAAGCACCAUCCAAAUUCAACGUAGAAACUGAGCCAGAAGAUGUAGUGACAAUUGAGCCCUUGACAGGGUAUCUCAGCCCAGAAGGUGCUGCAGCACUUCAUUUCAAAAGAUACUCUGCUUCCUCUGCCAUGGGUAGAAUAUACUGCAAGAUUUAUUACUGCAAGGAGGAUGAAGUUUGUUUGUACAAAUCUCUGGCCUUCGAAGUGCCUUUUCGAGAGGAAAUUCUAAGCUCUACACCAGCAGAAAUCAUGCUUCCAUAUUUUGUGAAGCCCAAAGUUUCUCAAGGUGGCCUACAACUUGCAGUACCACGGUAAAAAAAAAUCCUGUAUUUAUAUAUAUAUAUAUUAACAUUUGUCGAGAGGAUGUCUACAUAUGUUCUGGUUAUUUUCAGGGUAUAAAUAGAGGCAACAGCUAGAGAUCCUAGUGUGUGUUGCCUUUUUGCUCAAUAAUGUUAAUCAAA